CAGUCCACACCAAUCUCUCUCUCUCUCUCUCUUCUUUUUGUGAGCUUAAUUUUCACAUUCAGCUGAGCUCUGGGAGAUUCUUCAGGCAAAAGCAACUAAUUUAGCAAGAAUGGUGAAGGAAACUGAGUUCUAUGAUGUCCUCAGCGUCAGUCCCUCAGCUUCUGAGGAAGAAAUUCGCAAGGCUUAUUAUAUUAAGGCAAGGCAAGUUCAUCCGGACAAAAAUCCAAACGAUCCUCAGGCUGCUGAAAGAUUUCAGGUACUAGGUGAAGCUUAUCAAGUUUUGAGUGAUCCAGUACAAAGAGAUGCAUAUGAUCGAAAUGGAAAGUAUUGCAUAUCUAGGGAAACCAUGCUUGACCCCACAGCUGUCUUUGCUUUUCUUUUUGGAAGUGAAUUAUUUGAGGACUACAUAGGACAUCUAGCUGUAGCAUCAAUGGCCUCUUCUCAAUUAGCUGGUGAAGGCGACAGCCCUGAGAAAGUGCAUGAUAAAUUGAAGGCUGUCCAGAAAGAAAGAGAAGAAAAGCUAGCAAAAUCACUCAAAGAUUUUCUUAAUCAAUAUGUUCAAGGCGACAAAGAGGGAUUCUUACAGCAUGCUGAAUCUGAAGCUAGACGACUUUCUGAUGCAGCCUUUGGAAUUGAAAUGCUACACACUAUUGGCUACGUAUAUUCGAGACAAGCAGCACAAGAGCUUGGAAAGAAAACCAUAUUCCUAGGAGUACCAUUUUUGGCUGAGUGGGUACGGAAUAAGGGACAUUUCUGGAAGUCACAGAUGACUGCUGCAAAAGGUGCUUUUCAGUUGCUCCAACUUCAAGAAGAAAUCCGUCGGCAAUUUAAAAUGGAUGGAAGUGGCCCUGAAAAUAAUGUUGAAUCACAUAUACGCUUAAACAAAGACACACUUUUGAACUCAUUGUGGAAAUUGAAUGUGGUGGACAUUGAAGUAACUCUCAUGCAUGUUUGUCAAAUGGUUCUACGGGAAAAUAAUCUUAGAAAAGAUGAACUUAAAGCUCGUGCUUUGGCACUCAAACACCUUGGAAGGAUAUUUCAGGAGGAAAAGCAGACACGAAAUGGUGGAACUUCAAGAAGGAAAAGUUCAGCUGACACAGACGACGACGGGAGCAGUUCCGAUAGCAGUUCUGAAGAGGAUUCGCCACGACCACUUUCAUAUAGAACUCCUUUUCUCACUCAGGGUAUUGGCAGGCUCUUCAGAUGCCUUUGCAAUCCAGCAUUUGAUGUUGAUGACGAAGAGAUUGUUUACAAAAGCAAAUGAUAUGCAAUGCAUGAGAUUAUAUGUAAAAGAAGGAAAAGUUGACAAGCGUACGUGAGAUGGCAAAGCAUAUUAAGUUAUAACAGAGGGUGAAAGCUGUCGUGCUAAAUGGAGGAUUUUGUUAUAUUCAUGCUAGAGAAUGGCGCAAGCCUGUGUCGUGUGUCAAAAUGUAUUCAUUCACUGCCCUCAUUAUUGUGGAACAGUUCCAUUUUCAAAUAUGUUCAAUUUUUACAGUGAUAUAUAUAUGUAAUCGCAAUAACGAAGUUUUCUCUUCAGUUUCAGACUCUCUUUAAGAGUCUUCCGCUUGGACGAGGGCGAAUAUAUCUUGUA